AUGAUUUUAUUGGCAUGUUUUGAUCGUUUUGCACUUACUUCGACUCGAGCUAUCAUGCGUAAGUUCACAAAACCAAAAGCUGCAUUGAAAAUAAUUAGCGGUGCCACUCUUUUUGGUUUACUAAUCUCAAUACAUCUACCGAUUUUGGAAACCGUUAAAAACAAUCGAUGCAGUACCUUUGGAACAUAUGGAAUCUUUUUCGGCAUUUAUAUGAUCUGUGUUUUUGGGCUUAUUCUGCCGAUUCUCACAAUAUUAUUCGCUUUUCUCAUUCUGAAGAAUUUAAAAGAGGUUCGUGGUCGUGUACAUCCUGUUGCUGGAAGUAACAAUGCGUUCCAGAAUGUUUUAACCAGACGUGAUAUAAACUUGAUUAAGCUUGUAUUAGCUGAAGUUGUCAUUGGCAUACUCUUCACCACCAUAGCUCCAUUAGAUAUACUCUACGCUGCACUGACAAUAAGUUUUAGUAUUAUUGUACAGGGCUCUCAUUUUCGUGGUGGUACAAUAACAUGGCGUCCAUUGAAUAAUACACCAUCCGGUAGUACAGUCGCUGUUCAAGUGCGUGAACGAUUUUCAUGGAAUCGUGCUACUUAUUACUGUGAUGAUACGACCAUAGCUGCACAAGGUAUUAUCGGAAGUGGUUAUCUUGUCCAGGGUGUAUCUGGUUCAUAUGCUCCUUGGACUAAUAUGAAUACAGCAAUAGCCUGUACGGAUUAUAGUGUUGCACUUACUGUUAGUUCUGGUGAACAUUUUGAAACACAAACAUUUCCAUUAAAUAUUGCAUUUAGUAUUGGUUUUGUAUCAUCUGCUUGGUUUGCAAAUCUUGCUGUUGGUGGCAACGGUGGAUGGAGUGUUAUUUGUCGAAUCAACACUGCUCUAAGACCUGAUGGUUAUAUAAAUUCCAGUCCUAUUGCUGUCACUCUUCCUAUUAUCUACAAACAAAUCACUAUUCAACAAGUACAUGUUAUUCAAAUGUCUGACUUUGAUGGAACCGAUACAUUGCGAUGUCGAUGGUCAACUUCAUCAAGUAAUUUGAACAAUUAUGAUGAAUGUAGUGGUGUAUGUAUGGGUAUUCCUCUGUAUAUUAAUCUUAUUCAGACUAAUUGCACACUUGUAUUUUCGCUGGCAGUAGCUGGACAGUAUGCUGCAGCAGCAUUACAAAUUGAAGAUUAUUAUAGUAGUUCAUCUACAACACCAAUGAGUUCUGUUCCACUACAAUUUCUUUUCUAUGGUUAUGCUGCACCUACUGGUAGUUGUACUACUCCACCUGCUAUCAUUGGUAAUCGGCCAAACCGAGCUUGUAUUGGUACACCAAUCGGUUCGAAUGUUACUGAAUAUAUUAUUAUACAAGUUUAUUGUCCUGGACAUGCUAUUACUGAUUUAGUUAGUAGUGCUCCAACUGGUAUGAAAAAGAGUGCUAUUAUCAAUUCAAGUCCUAAUGUUUAUGAAAUCAUUCUCAGUUGGGUUCCCAUAUCUACUCAAUAUGGUCCGCAAUCUUUCUGUGCUGGAGCUGUUGAUACUAUAGCUCUUCAAUCUAAUCAAUGGUGUAUUACAUUCUUAGUUGGCUUUGAAUCUCCUGAUAUCAUUCGUCCAUCAUUGGUUCAAGGUUCAGCUUCACCAAUUGGCACUGUCUUUCAAAAUCAAAGCCUUUUCUCGAUUCAAACGACAAAAUCUGUAAAUCGUCCAACACUUAAUAAUACUUACAUUUAUUUCACAGAUGCGACUGCGAAUAAUACACUCGUUCAGAAAUUUGAUUGUGGUUGGGACCCUAAUGUCAUAUAUACAGGUUUUACAACUAUCGUUCGUUUUCCAGUUGCACCAUGGAUUCCUGGACAUUUUUAUUAUGUGACAUUUGAUAGUGGUGUUGCUAGUGGAACGGAAUUUUGUGGUCCUGAAUCUGCUCCGAUUUAUGAUCCAACAUAUUGGGUAUUUAACAUUUGGGAUCCAGCUGUAUCAUCGACAACAACAACUACUACUACUCCACCAACAACUCAUACAGUCACAUCCUUACAUACAACUACUACUUCUAUUAAUACUGCAUGUACAACCUCUGGUAUUGUGGCAACUACUACGACUGCUGUUACAACUACAACAACUGUCACUACUACAAUUGCAACUACAGCUGCUCCAACAACAGCGGCUCCAACUACUGCAAGUGCAUCAACUGCAACUGCCGUUCCUGUCAUGUAUCCUGAAGAUUUCAUAAAUGCAUGUAAACAACCAAUAACAGUUGUGACUGUUGCUAUUAUGUCUACUAUGGCUGCUAUACAAUCUUUAGUAAUGUAUGCUGCUUUUACGAAAUUUUCCAAUAUGUUUAAUCCAUUGAAGAAAAAAGCAUUGCAAAGACAUGCACAACGAAUGAGAAAUAUUAAUCGACGUUGA